CAUGCCCUUAAUAUGCAUAAUACAUAUUUUGACAUUUUAUUAUGUUUUCAAACGUGAAAUGGAAUAAGUAGUAUAAAUUUUUUUAUUAAAAAAAACUAAAAUGAUUAAAAGUUAAAUAAGGAGUAUUUUCAUUGCGAUAAAAGUCCUCCUCUCCUCAUCAAUGUGGCGCUUCACUUCGCCGCCAUAGCUCACAAGCAGUUCUACUUCAGCUUCACAAUCAGAGUUGUUUCGAGAGGGAUAGCGAAAAUGAGCACAGUCGACAAGAUGCUCAUAAAGGGAAUCCGGAGCUUUGAUCCGGAGAACAAAAAUGUCGUCACGUUCUUCAGGCCCCUAACCCUCAUUGUUGGCCCUAACGGCGCCGGAAAAACUACAAUCAUCGAGUGCUUGAAGGUGGCGUGCACAGGAGAGUUGCCACCCAAUGCUCGUUCCGGCCACAGUUUUGUUCAUGAUCCAAAGGUGGCAGGAGAGACAGAGACAAAAGGGCAGAUUAAGCUACGGUUUAAGACUGCGGCCGGAAAGGAUGUUGUCUGCAUUAGGUCAUUUCAGCUAACUCAGAAGGCCACUAAGAUGGAGUAUAAGGCCAUUGAGAGUGUGCUCCAAACCAUUAAUCCUCAUACUGGAGAGAAAGUUUGCUUAAGUUAUAGAUGUGCAGAUAUGGAUCGUGAAAUACCAGCUCUUAUGGGUGUGUCUAAGGCUAUUCUUGAAAAUGUGAUAUUUGCUCACCAAGAUGAGGCCAAUUGGCCACUGCAAGACCCGUCUACACUGAAAAAGAAGUUUGAUGACAUUUUCUCUGCUACUAGAUAUACAAAGGCUUUGGAGGUUAUUAAAAAACUUCACAAGGAUCAAUCACAAGAGAUAAAGUCGUUUAAACUCAAACUGGAGAAUCUUCAAAUGCUGAAAGAUGCUGCCUACAAGUUAAGAGAAUGCAUUGCUCAAGACCAGAAGGAGACAAACAAACUGAAAAAUGAAAUUCAGGUGUUUGAGGGAGAGGUCCAGGACCUAGAUAGUAAGAUCGACUGUGUUAAAGGAACUUUAGAGGACCUAAGGAAAUUACAGGAACAAAUAACUGCAAAGACUGCUGAAAGAAGUGCUUUGUAUCAAGAGAAGCAGAGAAAGAAAGCUGCUUUAGAUUCUAAGAGUGAAGACACCGAUGAAGAUCUGCAGGAGUGGAAAGCCAAGUUCGAUGAGAAGAUUGCUCUUCUAGAGUCAAAAAUCAGCAAACUGCGUAGAGAAACAGAUGACUUGCUGUCUAAGCGUUCUUUCCUCCAGAUGGAUAUCAAAGGCUAUACGGGGGAGAUCUUGAAGCUUGAAAAUGAAGCUCAUACUCACAGGGCAUACAAGAAUCAGAGAGACACAUCUAUCAAGGAACUUUUUGAAAGAUAUAAUGUAGGUCCUGUUUCAACUAGUCAAUUCAGCGAUGAAAUUGCUCUGAACCUCAUGAACCGCUUGAGAUCGAGACUUGCAGACUACCAAAAGGAUUUGGAGGGUAAAAAGAAAUCAAACUCAGUGAUAGCUGCAUCAGUAUGGAGUCAGUAUGAGAAUGCACAUAGCCGUUGGAAUGAUAUGUCAGCCAAGAUAAAUGCUAAAGUAGAUACCAAGAAAGACUUUUUAAAACGCAUUGAAGAGAAGAAGAAUUUGCUUUAUAAGCUUGAACUUGAAAUAUCAGAUGUUAAUUUGGCUCACCUAGACGAGAGGGAACAGAAAUUGCAAGCGGAUUGUGAGAAAAAGAAUAAUCAAAUUGAAGAACGAGGAUUUGGGAAAUGCAUUAUGCUAAAGCAGAGUGAGAUAUACACCUUAGCUCCAAAAAUUAAUGACCUUAAACAUGAAAGAGACCGUAUAAGUGCUGAUUCCGAGGACAGAGUUAAACUCUCGAUUAAGAAGGUGGAACUGGAAACUAAGAAAAAGAAACACAAGAAGAUCCUUGAUGAAUACAAGGAUAAAAUUAAAGUGGUGAUGAAAGGAAGGCUUCCUCAGGACAAGGAUUUGAAGAAAGAAGUUACACAGGUCCAGAGGACUAUGCACACAGAAUUUGAAGACCUGAGUGCAAAAGCUAGUGAAGCAGAGAAGGAUUUAAAUAUGGUGCAGAUGAAAAUUGAAGAAGCUAACAAUAACUUGUAUAAAAUUAACAAGGAAGCAGAAUCAAAGAAAAGAUAUGUUGAAUCAAAACUCCAGUUGAUUGACCCAGUGGCCACUAGCAUUGACAUUUACCUUAAACUUUGGAAUUCGGUGAAGGAGAAAAGUGAGACCCUGAAAAGCAAACAUUACCAUGAAGGUGGUAUGCAGUCAAUGUUUGGGUCAUUUGAAAAUUAUGCUCGCAAUCAUCAUAUUUGCCCAUGUUGUGAGCGCCUUUUCUCUGCUGAAGAGGAAGAUGAUUUUGUUAAAAAGCAACGGGUGAAGGGUGCAAACACUGCUGAGCAUUUGAAUCAAUUGGCCAUGGAGUCUUCACGAGCUGAUUCUCAGUUCCAGCAAUUAGACAAUCUCAAUGUGACUUAUAAAGAGUACAUCAAAAUUAGAGAGGAAUCAAUUCCUAUAUUAGAGAAGAAGUUGAGUGAGCUCAACACAGAGUUGGAGACAAAAAACCAAGCUCUUGAUGAUGUGUUGUGUGUCAUGGCUCAGAUAAAAGAAGACAAGGGCUUAGUGGAUGCCCUAAGUCAACCUGUUGAAAAUGCUGAAAGGCUUUUACUUGAAAUACAAGUUUUGGAAAGAGAGGUUGAUGAUUUGGAAUACAAGCUUGAUUCCCGUGGGCAGGGUGUCAAAUCCAUAGAGGAAAUCCAAUCAGAGUUGAACGCAUUGGAGACCAAGAGGGAGUCUUUGCACAAUGAGGUAGAAAAGCUAAGGGAAGAGCAGAGGUACAUGGAAAACGAUCGCAACAGUGCACAGUUUAGAUUGGCUGCCAUCAGGGAAGAAAAAGUUAAAUCAGCUUCUGCUUUGCAAAGUGUAGAGACCGUACAAAAUGAAUUGGAACAGUUGGUAGAAGAGAAAAGUCAAGUUGAGCUUGAUGAAAAGCAUUUGCGAGAGGCUCUAGGUCCUUUGUCAAAGGAAAAAGACAAAUUGCACGAUGAGUACAAUGAUUUGAAAUCAAAAGUUGAUAACGAGCAUUACAAGCAGUCAAAAGUUUGUUCAAACUUUGAACUUGAAAUAAAGGCACUGGACGUGGUGAUUACUAAAAUAGAAGACUAUUAUACUCAAAAGAAAGGUGAGAGGUUGAAGGAGCUGCGGGAAAAGCAAAAUCUCUCUGAAUCUCAACUUCAAAACUGUGAGUCCAGGUUGCAGGAAAUAUCAGAAGAACUGACCAAAAGCAAUGAGUUGAUGAUGAAUCAGGACCCGUUGAGACGCAACAUUGAGGAUAACUUGAAUUAUAGGAAAACAAAGGCUGAUGUUUCUAGACUUGGUGGUGAAAUUGAAUUGUUGGAAAAUGAAGUGAAGAAUCUUGGUGGUUUUUCCAAGGUCCAGGCUGAGAAUGCAAGGCUUUUGCAAGAGCGAGAGAGCCUUCUUUCAAAGUUAAACAAAUGCCAUGGUACUCUCUCUGUUUAUGUGAGGAAUUUAUCCAAAUACGAAAAUGAUCUUAAACAAGCACAAUACAAAGAUAUAGACAACCGUUAUUUUGAUCAGAUGAUCCAGCUAAAGACAACUGAGAUGGCAAACAAGGAUCUGGAUAGAUACUACAAUGCCCUUGAUAAGGCCCUCAUGCGAUUUCACACAAUGAAGAUGGAAGAGAUAAAUAAAAUUAUUCGUGAGCUGUGGCAGCAGACUUACAGGGGACAGGAUAUAGAUUACAUAAGAAUUCAUUCGGAUUCUGAAGUUUCUGGCACUCGAUCUUAUAGCUACAAGUUAUUGAUGCAAACUGGAGAAACAGAACUUGAAAUGCGAGGGAGGUGUAGUGCCGGCCAAAAGGUGCUUGCAUCACUUAUAAUACGGUUGGCAUUAGCUGAAACUUUUUGCUUGCACUGUGGGAUACUGGCACUUGAUGAACCUACAACAAACCUAGAUGGCCCCAACUCUGAAAGUCUUGCUGCAGCACUUGUAAGGAUCAUGGAGGACAGGAAGGGACAAGAGAAUUUUCAAUUGAUUGUGAUCACUCAUGAUGAGCGGUUUGCACAACUCAUUGGUCAACGGCAGCAUGCAGAGAAGUACUAUCGCAUCACUAAGGAUGACCAGCAGCACAGCAUAAUUGAAGCGCAGGCAAUAUUUGAGUAGAACAUCCGCAACAAUUUAACCAGAGGUAAGAAGAAUCUGCUGCUUGAUGUAUACAUGAAAUUGCAAACAGUGUCCUGUUUUGAGGCUGCCUGUUAAAAAUUUUGUGCUGAAAGAAGACUCAGUAACUUUCCUAGUUU